AUGGCCAACGACUGUUGUCAACGCCACGGUGGAUCCUCUGUGUGUUUGCAAGGCCGCUGUUACAAGCGUGCUGUCCGUGGCGGCAUGUGUACGGAGUAUAAGGUCAAAGCGUCACUGCAAGCUGAGAGAGCGUGUGAAGUGCCGAUCUUUCCUGCCAAGGAUCCAGAAUACCAGGUGGACAAGUCUCCCUGCCGGAGCUCUCUGUCGACGAUAUGGCAAGACAACACGAUCAAUACGACUGCUCUUUGUAGCCAUUCGUACUCAGAGUGCCGUUACCCGACGUCGAGGAUUGCUCAACACUUUGGACAGCAUGAAAACACAAUGCAACUUGCAAUGGCUGAACACGAAGAUCAGUGUCGGUAUUGGCAAGAAGCAACACACGCCACCGUCGAUUCUACAUCAUCUCCAACUAGGCAGUACCACCACAGCCCGGGGCUCAAGGUGCAUCCUGUACUCCCUAGCUUUCGAUCUCUACUGAAUUACCGCACAUGUGCCCUUGCUAUCAGGACAAACGAUAAUGUUACGACGUCAGAGGCCCGGAGAGAGGUUGAUGAUGGUCCGUUAAGGCUAAUGUCGACAACAAGCACUGGGUUCGAGCACCAAGAUCGAAACAACUCGUACACGACUGUCAAUGCCCGAACGACUUGCAAACACAAUGUGCACUCGCGUUUCUACAAACAGAACGACACGUCGUCGCUUCGGUCCGCUACACGGACGACACCGGUCACACCUCGUAAUAACGUGUAA